AUGAUUGGAAUUAGUUGUGCGUUGCAUAGAGACGCAACGGGACGAGACGUGUUUCUCGCCCAACUCGCCCAACACGCUUGCAUAUGCGAGGAAGGCAUCCAUCCAAACCAACAUCCUGUUCAAGCCUUGUUAUCAGGCGAGUUGAGCUCAACCUACAAGCAAGCGUUAGUAUGUGGCUGUCAAUUCAGAAGAGAGGAUCACCUUUGGAGGCUCCCAUCUACCGCGGAUAGCCACCUCCUGCUCCAUGACGUCCUCGUCGGCCUUUUCCAACUUCUUCUCAGGAUCACACGGUACAUCUGCCUUGUGCACGACCUUCCACUCCUCUGCCAAUGCGUUCUGCAGGUCGUCCAGGAUGGUGCGCAACUCACACAGCGCCUUGUCUACCACCUCGCUCUGGCCUUUGUUGUAACGUGCUCGUUCAAUUCGCCAAUACGUCUUAGCUCCGACGCAACACUCUUCUGCGUAUUCAAAAUCGGGAACCCAGGACGCAAGAAGAGUGUUCUCAUACGAUGGUAG